UGAGGCGGCUGGGGCGGCUGAGGCGGCUGAAGCGGCGGCGGCGGUGCUGCUGCUGUACCGCGCGGGCCACGGUCUCCGCUCCCUGCUCCGGCCUCGACCACGGCGAGCCUGAGCGCGGCGGCGGCCCACGCGCGGCGACGGGAAGAGAUGAGCAACAACAGCAACAAGAGAGCGCCGACGACAGCCACUCAGCGACUGAAGCAGGACUACCUUCGAAUUAAGAAAGACCCGGUGCCUUACAUCUGUGCCGAGCCCCUCCCCUCCAACAUUCUGGAAUGGCACUAUGUGGUCCGAGGCCCUGAGACAACCCCGUACGAAGGCGGCUAUUACCACGGAAAACUAAUUUUUCCCAGAGAAUUUCCCUUUAAACCUCCUAGUAUUUAUAUGAUAACCCCCAAUGGAAGAUUCAAGUGCAAUACAAGGCUGUGUCUUUCCAUCACGGACUUCCACCCGGACACGUGGAACCCGGCCUGGUCCGUCUCCACCAUCCUGACCGGGCUCCUGAGCUUCAUGGUGGAGAAGGGCCCCACCCUGGGCAGCAUCGAGACAUCGGACUUCACGAAAAGACAGCUUGCUGCCCAGAGUUUAGCGUUUAACCUAAAAGACAAAGUCUUCUGUGAACUGUUCCCCGAGGUCGUGGAGGAGAUUAAACAGAAGCAGAAAGCACAAGACGAGCUCAGCAGCAGACCGCAGGCGCUCCCCCUCCCCGACGUGGUCCCAGACGGGGACGCGCACCACGGCCCGAACGGGCUUCAGCUGCUCAACGGGCACGCGCCGGGCGCCGGGCCGCACCUGGCGGGGCUGCAGCAGGCCAACCGGCACCACGGACUCCUGGGCGGCGCCCUGGCGAACUUGUUUGUUAUCGUCGGGUUUGCGGCCUUCGCCUACACGGUCAAGUACGUGCUGAGAAGCAUAGCCCAGGAGUGAGCCGCACGCCGUGACCUCUAGGGGGUCAAAUACGAGGGACGCCGGGCCCGGGCUAGACACUGGCUGGCUGGACGCACCGCACCGUCGGCGCAGGGCGGACCCGCCUGACUCCUGGGGUUAGCUUUUUAGAACCUGUUGAGAGGAAAACAAGAACAACCGCGUGUGUGGUUUGGAUGUGGAGCGCUCAGACACGGGUGCCGGCCCCCGUCCUCGCCCGGGGGCUCGGGGGUCGAGGAGGAGGGGCCUCACGCUUUGGUUUUAUACCGCAUCUCCUGUAUUGUCUUUUGGACCUGUUUUAGUAAAUCUGUUUUUCAUUUUAUAGAUUUGGUCACUUAAAAAUACAAAACUCAAUGCCUAUCAAA